UUUUAUGCUUCUGGUAUGUUGAGAGUAUUGAGCAGCGAUGAGCACCGUGAGGCGGUACAGCAACAAAAUAUCCUCGCUGUGGAGGGAACCUCUAGCGAACUUUGCACGGAGAGUCCUACCUCCAAUUACCGGUGCGAAACCAGAGGAAAUGGUAGAGACCGCGGUCAGGACCGCGUCAAACGGCCCAUGAACGCAUUCAUGGUGUGGUCUCGUGACCAAAGGCGCAAGGUGGCUCUAGAGAAUCCCCAAACGCAAAACUCAGAGAUCAGCAAGCAGCUGGGGUACCAGUGGAAAAUGCUUACAGAAGCCGAAAAAUGGCCGUUCUUCGAGGAGGCACAGAGACUACAGGCGCUGCACCGAGAGAAAUACCCCGGCUAUAAAUACCGACCUCGUCGGAAGGCCACGCCAGGAAAAAGUGACAAAUUGCUCCCCGCAGAGCCCUCGUCCACCUGUAGUCAGCUGCACGCGGGAGAGAGGUUGUACGCCUUCCCCUACAAGGACGGCUGUACGAAGGCUGCACACUCACGAAUGAAGGACCAGUUAUACUCCUCCUCGGAACCCAUGAGCAUAACCAACUCGCUGCUGGAACCGGGACCUCACAGGACCUCCACAACCCUCCAAAACAGUCCUGAAGACUUGGCUAUGCAGCUCUCCGCGGAUGCUCCCCUUUACCGUAACUUAGAGCUGGGAGUUUCUGAGGCUUACUUUGCAUGGUGAUUUCCUUAGUGUCGCUACCCAAGGCCUUAUUCAUCUUAACUGUACUAUUAUUUCCUCUGUCACUUAAUUUCAAAAUAAAGCGUGUACACAUGCUUAACAGAUAAAAAAUUUACACGACGUUGUCAACUGAUCCAGCCUGGAUUUACGGCUGCUUAACUUGGCAAGAGAGCACCUUAACACUACUGAAACUGCUUGAUUUCCAAGACGGCCUGUGUGUCGUUUAACAGAACAACUGUCGUAUCCAGUUUUCCGCCGAUUGGGUACUAAACUAAUAGCUGCAAGUAAGUAUAUAUUGAUAACCUGAUAGUCCUCAGCAUAGAUAACAGAAUCUUCAUUCUGUAUUUUAAAUCCUGUGACUCAAAAAUACACUAAUGAGAAACACGGACAAAAUUGUCUUAUAGAAAAAAAUGUACGUCCAUGGAAAACUUCGUAUCCUUUCAAGGAGUGCUGUGUACGCAGUCUGUUCACUGCUCUCUCAGGUACUUUCCCCGGCUUUGUAAACCCCAGAUAAUUAACAACUGGAUAUGUAAGUUACGUCUUCUUUGCUAGUUUUUAUUACAUCCCAUCCCUCCUGUGGAAAAACCGGUUUGGCCGCCCUGGGCAAUUCAAUUCCUCUCCUCCGCACGUAUCUGUGCGUUUUCGUGUCCACUUGGAACCAGUGUUAUCAUCUCUCUGGUAAAAUAAAACGUUUAUUUAA